AUGAUGGCUACGACCACAUAUCGCUCGCUGUCUAGCGCCACGCUCACGAACAGCUCCACGUCCGUUUGCUCCAGCCUCCACCCUACCGCGAUACGAUGCAUCUCCUCGUCGUCUUGGUCGAGCACCUGCCCAACUUCAACAUCUCGCUCCACAGCAUCGGCAUCACGAUCUCUCUCCUCGCCGUUUCGACCCAGCUCGUCCGUUCUACUUGGUCAUACGUUUCCUAAUCGCAUUGCCACACCCAUCAUGAUUGGCGCUGGGUUGGUGACGGCUGGUCUCAUCGCCAACCUUUUGCUCGGCUCCAAAGGCGCGGGCACACCUGCGAGUGGAAAAUGGAUCAAGGGUGGCUUCAAUGCCAAGAUGGACAAGAAGGAAGCAGCUCAAAUCUUGGGCUUGAGAGAAACCGCUUUGACAAAGGCCAAAGUCAAAGAGGCGCAUAGGAGAAUGAUGAUCGCUAACCAUCCGGAUCGCGGUGGUGCGCCCUACCUCGCCUCCAAAAUCAACGAGGCAAAAGACUUGCUCGACAAAACAGUCUCUCGCUAG